AUGGAUAGCACAUUGAAAACGCAAACUCUGACACAGGUCACAUCAGGAAGUUUUAUGAAAGCCUUAGAUAAGAUAACUAGGGUCAACCUUGUUACCGUGUUAUCGUGGUUAUUGCCAAAUUUAGGAUUCGUUAACAUGAUGGCGGAUAUUUUAUAUGUUUUAACGCUUGCGUUUGUCCUUCCUACUGGAAACGCGGAGAGAUGUAACACGUGGUUGGACUAUUAUGAAAACUGCAUUUAUGGAUGCUGCGAUGACAAUAAACAUUCCGGCUAUGACAUGUGUUGUAACAGUUAUUAUGACACGGAUUCUAUUCGCCAUGUACUUGCUAUCGGACCCAUCAUCGGCAUUGUAGUUGGCUGUGUGAUUUUGGUCAUCACCGUUAUCAGUAUUAUCGUCUGUUGUGUUUGCUGUUCGCGGAACUCACGUGGGCAGCAAGGACAAACCUUCACUUCGGCAGCUAGCGGCCCUUACGUCAUGAACCAGAUGCCAUACGGGGCCCAGAUGGGACAGGCACAUUACGGCCAGCAGCCGUAUCCAGCUCAGCCACCCCCUCAAACCGGACAUAUGCCACCCCUUCAAACCGGACAUAUGGCUCCGGGAACUACUGUUGUUAACCACCCGGGGAUGCAGGGGCCUACUUCUUAUGGAAAAAGCGUCGACAAUUAGAAUGAAUGGUUUUUCAUGUUAAAACAUUCAAAAUCGUUAAUUUGCUGAUAGUAUUGAGGCGGAAAUAGAAGUGCGAACUUGUUUACAGCAUAUUCCCAAAAGAAAACGCAAACAACAAACUUAUACCAUAUACACAAAUACAAAAAACACACAAACAAACCCUCAUCAUAAUUGCUUUACCGUCAAAUGAUGGUAAUACCUCCUUGGAACUGUCAGUGACACAAGAAUGCAUCCGUAUAUGUUUUUACUUCUCUUUUCACCUUAAUAACUCAUUUAAUAUAAUAUUAUUCUAUUUUAUUUCAUGGUUGAGUGAGUAUGGUAGGGUAUUGAAAAAGCCAUUUUGAAAGACAUAAAUAAUAUGUAUAAUAAUAAUAAUAAAUUUGAAUAAAUGAAUAUGUACACCAUUGUUUUACCUUUCAUUUUAAAGUGUGUUUUAAUUGUAAGAUUACACAUAACGUCACUGCAACAAUUUAACAAAUUCCUGUAACGUACAAUAAUGAGUCAAAGAUCAAAGCUAACCCAUCUCUUUCAGUGGUUCGUGGUUUUAGAGUUGACAACUGAUAUAUUGUGAGAAACAGGACUAAAGUCAGUUGAAACCCCCAAUUAAAGGACUUGCGCCCAUAAAU